AUGGACAACAAUGGUGGUGGAGAUUGCGCUUCCAUGUUCUGUGGUUGCUGCUGCAUAGGUCUAUUUUCCGCUCUGUCGAGUUGGUGUGACACCGUCGCGCCAUACUCGUGUUGCCGUUGCUGUCGUUCCAGUUCCAUCCCAAACACAUUCGACGACCAAGUGCGGCAAGAUAUGGCGAAAUCGAAAGCUGAAGAUGCCGCUAAAAAGCAGGAGCAGAAGCAGAUGGAACCGACACCCAAUAUGCUUGUAUCUCCAGGUCCAAAAGAGCCGCAGGCUACAAGCUAA